AGUUCACCCAGUCUCCGCCUCCUGCAACGGCCCGUUCUUCAAAACUCUCCGCCUCCGCAAUAAAUGAGCCAGCCACUUCUUCUUCCACCCCCGCGUCCCGAACGGCUACUCUUCUUCCCUCCUUCCUUCCUUGUCCUUGACUAUUCAUUCAGGCUUCAGCCAAGCCAGCCCGGCCGCUUCGCCGACGCGCCAUCCAUGCCGCCGAAGCGCGCGUGCCGGGUGGCGCUCCUCGCCGCGGCGGCCGCAUACCUGCUCUUCCUCCUCCUCUUCGAGCUGCCCUCCGUCUCCGUCGCCCCCACCGGCCACCGCCCCCACCCCCGCCGCCGCGAGCUCGAGGCCCUCCGCUCCUCCUCCGCGGCUCCGCUCCGGCCCUACAAGCGCACCUUCCCUUCCUCCCAUGCCCCCCGCCGCUCACGUCUCGCCGUGUCCUCCAUCCGCUUCCGCCGCCCCGACAACGCCUCCUCCAUCGAGGCCUCCGCGUCGUCCGCCUUCGCCGCCGCGGGCCCCCUCCUCCCGCGCCUCCUCUCCUCCUCUUCCUCUUCCGCAUCCCCGUCCCCCUCCCCGUCCGCCUCCGCGUCUUGCCCCGCCACGGUUUCGGUGCCCAGAGACCGGCUCGCGGGCAGCAGGGGAGUCGCUGUGGAGCUGCCGUGCGGCAUGGCCGUGGGGUCCCGCGUGACGGUGGUGGCGCGGCCGACGCGGAGAGAGGGUGCGGUGGCGUCGCAGUUCAUGGUGGAGCUGCUGGGGACCAAGGCCGUGCAGGGGGAGGAGCCGCCCAGGAUACUGCACUUCAACCCCAGGAUCAGCGGGGACUUCAGCGGCCGCCCCGUCAUCGAGCUCAACACCUGCUACCGGAUGCAGUGGGCUCUGCCGCAGCGCUGCGAGGGGUGGGCGUCCCGGCCCGACGAGGACAAGGUUGAUGGGAAACUGAAGUGUGAGAAAUGGAUUCGGCGGGAUGAUGGCACCAAGUCGGAGGAGGAAUCAAGAAUGAAGUGGUGGUUGAACAGUUUGAUAGGAAGGCCUAAUAAGGUAUCUGAUGAUCGGGCAUACCCGUUUGCAGAGGGCAAGCUGUUUGUUCUAACAAUCACAGCUGGUUUGGAAGGUUACCAUGUCAAUGUCGAUGGGCGGCAUGUUGCGUCAUUCCCUUACCGCACUGGUUACAAUCUUGAGGAUGCCACAGGCUUGUCUUUGAAUGGAGACCUUGAUAUUGAGUCGAUUUUUGCUGCCCAUUUGCCAAAAUCACAUCCAAGCUUCGAUCCAUACAGAUACCUUGAAAUGUCUGAACAGUGGAAGGCAUCGCCACUGCCAACUGAACCUGUUGAGCUUUUCAUUGGCAUUAUUUCUGCAGCCAACCAUUUUGCCGAGCGUAUGGCUGUUCGGAAGUCAUGGAUGAUUGCUACAAGGAUAUCGUCUAAUACUGUUGCCCGGUUUUUUGUUGCGCUGAAUGGGAAAAAGGAGGUCAAUGAAGAGUUGAGAAAGGAGGCAGAGUUCUUUGGUGACAUUGUCCUAGUCCCUUUCAUGGAUAGCUAUGACCUCGUGGUUUUAAAGACUAUUGCCAUUGCUGAGUAUGGGGUGCGUGUUGUUCCAGCAAAAUACAUAAUGAAGUGUGAUGAUGAUACAUUUGUUAGAAUUGAUUCAGUGCUGGAUCAAGUGAAGAAAGUGCAGAAUAGGGGAAGCAUGUACGUGGGGAACAUAAACUACUACCAUAGACCUUUACGAUCUGGAAAGUGGGCUGUGACGUAUGAGGAAUGGGAAGAAGAGGCAUACCCACCAUAUGCUAAUGGACCGGGCUACGUCAUUUCAUCAGACAUUGCUCAGUACAUCGUAUCCGAGUUUGACAAUCAGAUACUAAGACUGUUCAAGAUGGAAGACGUGAGCAUGGGCAUGUGGGUCGAGAAGUUCAACCGGACUCGUCGACCGGUGCAGUAUUCACACGACGGCAGAUUCUACCAGUCCGGUUGCUUCGAUGGCUACUACACCGCGCACUACCAGUCCCCGCAGCACAUGAUCUGCCUGUGGAGAAAAUUGCAAUCUGGGAGCGCCCAAUGCUGCAACGCCAGGUGACAAGGGGCUACUUUUAGCUAUUUGGAAUCAUCAGCAAGGUUUGGGCUUACUUUGGAGGCAGAGGGGCUUGUAGAAUCAUGAGCAAGGAUGGGUUUGGACUUAAGUUGGAGGCGCUCCUUUCUGGACCUUGUAGCUUGCACGAUUCGUUCGUUCUUUCGGUCAGUGGCUGAUUCAGCUGCUGAUGCUGACACUAGCUUAGAUGCUCUUGCUAAUUAUGCUCGUAUAUAUGUCAAUUGUUUUUGACCUAGGAACUAAGAGCUUUCUGAUCUUACGUGUAUAUCGAGGGAAAAUAUAUUAUGAGUUCUGUGUUGUGUUGUAUCUUCGGCGGAAAGUCUAACGUGAACCUACUUCCAUCUGCACCACUUCGCGCGUGAGUUUAUAAACCCACAUUUUGAAGAAAAAUUCUUAAGAUGUCA